AUGGGUGAUAAAGAAGAAGAAAUUCCUUCACAAGAAACUAGUGAAAAUGCUGGAGACAAUGCAUCAAAUAAUAAACCAGCAGCUGAAGAAGCUGAAAUGGAAUCAUUGAAACAAACACUGUCUGAUACUAAUUUAUCAGGAGCUGACGGAUCUCAAUCUGCACCAAAGGAUAAAACGAAAAUUGACAUUUUAUUGAAAGCUACUGGCAACGCUCCGAUAAUGAAAAAAAAGAAAUGGGCCUUUCUGUAUAUUAACCAGACAUUUGCUCCAGCACCUGACCAAACAGUCAAAAAUUUAUACGACUGCUACGGAACAGAUGGAAAAUUAAUAAUUCACUACUGCAAAAGUCAAGCAUGGGGUUGA